AUGGAGGGCUCAUAUCUAUCUGCACAAGAAAACCAACCCAUACCGGAGCGAUUGAUACCUAGGUCGAACUCAACUUCGAAUUUGUUUGCUUUGUCUAGUACAUUCUCUAAACUCAAUGUUAGGAAUGAUGCUGAUUACAAUUAUUCGAACCCGAAUAAGAAGAGACACAUUUAUAGUGGCGAGAUAGACUGUAGGUCUGUGACAGCAGCUAGAAAAUUUCCAGUAAGGUCCUGUUCAAUGACAGCCGCCCAGCAAAGAAAGAGAACUGCGCUAUUCACAGUUAGGGAAAGAAACUCUUACCAUGAGGGGUUCAAUAAUGAUCAAGAUUAUGUGAGCCAAUACCAGAAGCCACAGUACACUUUCGGAGUAUAUAAAGAAUUAACACCUUAUCAACUGCAGCGCUCUAAAAUGAAAAGAAGCUUUCAAUUUCCCAAUGGCGAAAUAUACAAGCCAAAACUUGAUGGAAAAUGCACCCACAGCUUGAAAAAGCCUGAAUUAAAUUCAAGAGACUCUUCUUUAUUCAAAUUCAGCGAGAAGAAAGGUCGCAAUUUAUCAAAAGAUUUUGUGGGGCCUCAUAAUGGGACAUCAGUCAUACAUAUUCCUCCCAAUGAUACAGGCUACGGUGUAAAUAGCUUGGAGCUGAACACUUCAGUUCCUUCAACAAUAAAAAGUUCGGUUUCAUCAACCUCUCCGAUAUCUGCUGUUAAUACCCUGACCAGCUUGCCAGAAAGUCAAACUGAUGAUGAUGACGGUUAUGAAAAUAAAACUGUAACUAUAUCUUAUUGCUUCGAAAAUACGGUAAAUGAAAAACAUGGUAGCCAUAUAGAAAAAUUGGAUUUAUCAACUAAGGAAAAAACUAAGCCAACAACUAAUUCAGGCCUAUUUGAUAGAAAGAAAAAGACUAUUCUGGGCACUGAGAAAUAUAGAUGUAUAAAGUCACAAUCGAAGUUGAAACUGGGUUCUGUUUUGAAGAAAUUAUGGCGUACUUCAGGAAACUCGAAUACAAAGCAUGGAAAAAAGGAUACAAAAAGAAGGAGAAUUCCUAUCGAUGAUAUGGUUACGCAUUCUGAUGGAAAUUCUGAAGCUGAGAAUGAUAUUGAAUUAAUGGAUGCAAAUCUGGACGGCAUUGAAUUUGACGACGACGAAACUCUAAUGGAUACAGAUUCAAUUUUUGAUGAUCUGUUGUCCAAGGAAAAUGAUAAAUACGAUUUGAGGCGAAGGCAAUUAGAAAUACGACAAAAGCUCCACGAGACCUCGCACAACGACGAUGGCAAGGUUUCUUUUCGAGAUACCGAAAAGCAUAAUGUCAAUGAAGGUUUGAUCGACAAGACCAUAAUCGAAGAAUUUUCAAAGCUCGGUGAAUAUAUAAUCGACACGAGAAAUCAACCACCACCAAGAUCGUCCAAGAGGCCUUCAUUAGAUGACAAUGAAUCUGCACGAUACUUCUACAACAUAUCGACAGAUUUGCGACAGUCUCUGUCAGGUCCAAUAAGCUUACCAAUGCAUGUUGGGAACGACAUGGUAAAUAGGUUGAGAAAUGACUGGGAGUAUAUCAGAUUCGAAGAUAGAAGGAAUUCGCUGCCAGAUUCCUCAUUUGAUAAAGUCGAAACACCUCCAAAACCAAUAAAAAAAGAUGUCCGGUUUGCAAAAGAAGUAUGUUUAGCAAGCACUUGGUCAUCGAAUGCAUAUGAGAGAGCUAAUCCGGAAUUCAUUAUGAAUCGCCACAGAUUGUUGUGGAUGAUGAAAGUACAUCCAAGCAUGAAUAGUGCCAUGAAUGAGAUCAAACUUGAACUUAACUCUUACAAAAAAAAUGAGAUGGUUGUCCAUGAGAACAGCAAGUGCUUUACACAUUAUUUAAUUUGA